AUUUCUUCAGACACAACUGAGAAGAACUGAAGACUUUAUCAGGAUCCCAAACCAGAAGAACUCAAGAAAAUACUUUUUUCUAAACAGGCUUCGAUACCAUACUUUACAUAUCAACAGCUGGACUCUGAUUCAACAUUUCCCUGCCUUGGAAUUAGAUUUUCUGCGCCUACAAAGCGUGUAUUCACACAUUCACUCUUCCCCCCCCCCCCAACAUCAGACACUUCUUUUUUUUAAUCUUCCGAGAUGUUUCCAGAGACAAACAAAGGCUACAGCUAUGAGGACUGCAAGGCCACUGCCGAUUGGCUGCUGGCGCAGACAGACGUCCGACCCACAGUGGGCAUCGUGUGCGGCUCAGGGCUCGGAGGGCUGGCUGACAUGUUAAAGGACCAGGUGGCCUUCAACUACAAAGACAUCCCAAACUUUCCACAAAGCACCGUGCACGGACAUGCGGGUCGGCUGGUGUUCGGCACCUUGAAGGGGCGGCCGUGCGUUUGCAUGCAAGGGCGCUUCCACUUGUACGAGGGCUACACGAUCCAGAAGAUUACGCUGCCCAUACGCAUCUUCAAGCUGCUCGGCGUGGAAACAGUGAUGCUAACCAACGCUGCCGGAGGCCUCAAUCAGGACUUUAAAGUUGGAGAUGUCAUGAUCAUCAAAGACCACCUCAACAUGCCAGGAUUCGCUGGCAACAAUCCAUUGUCUGGACCGAAUGAUGAAAGGUUUGGUGUGCGCUUCCCCUGCAUGUCCGACGCCUAUGACAGAGAUCUCCAGCAGCUAGCCAUGGACGUGGGACAGGAGCUCGGCUAUGGAGACUUCCUGAAGGAGGGCGUGUACUGCGUGCUGGGUGGACCCUCAUUUGAGACCAUCGCUGAGUCCCGUAUGCUUCACAAACUGGGUGCUGAUGCUGUUGGAAUGAGCACAGCCCCUGAGGUGAUCGUCGCCCGUCACUGCGGCAUGCGUGUCUUCGCCCUCUCGUUGAUCACCAACCAGGCGGUGAUGGACUACGACAGCCAAGAGAAGGCCAACCACGAGGAAGUUCUUCAGACGGGGAAGCAGAGAGCGGAGCAGCUGGAGCGGCUUGUAUCCACCAUGGUGACCAGGAUUGAGCACAACAACAACUUUGUCUAAGAGACACCAUGUUCUGUAGUGCUAGUAAGAGGAUAGAAUUUUUAGCAAUGUAGUAAGAAUGUAGGAGACUUAAAGUGGUUAUGGUUCACACUUAGUGUUAUUGUGUCAAAGAAAAGCUAUUUCAGUAUUAAGUUGAGGAUUGGACUUUUGUGGUAUUCUAUAAUACAGAACGCACACAAAUUGUUUUCUUUCCACCGUGCCUUAAUGUGACAUCUUACAUUCCCAUCCCGAGCGGCUCGUCAAUUUUCUAUUUGUAUCAUUUGAAAUGAAACGUAUUUGUUCUAACUUAAAACAUGUGAUCAGUUUGUGUAAAUGUCUGCAAUUUAACUUAACAAUGAGCACAAAUCUGCUGUAAAAAAAAUCUAAAUAUUGUGAUGUUGAAACGUGUACAUUAAGGUAUUGUACGGUGCUUGUUUUUUUAAAUAUGAAUGUUGUUACUAAAGAUGCUAUUUAUUAUCAUA